AUGCGCAGAUGGCUGCGAGGCGUCAUCGCCGAAGCACCCUCAGAGUUGCAGGAGGCGAUCUCGGCAGAUUCCGGCACAGGUUCCGACACAGGUUUCGACACAGGUUCCAGUGCUCAUUCCCACAGUCCCGGCAGUAUGGCCGACACUUCCGACGAUGACAAAACACUGGAGUUGUGGCUGAGCAUCAGCAUCCCACUGGUGCUCUUACUGGCCUUCAUCGUCGUCAUGUUCUUCUGCUGUAAGCUUCAGAAGCGGAGGCAAGAGGAUGUCGAUCUGGAGGCCGGGUCUCCGUCCUUGCCGAUCUACCAUUUAGGCCGUCGGAAGGGGGCUCCGAACAACCGUUUGGUCUUGACCGACGAGGAAGAAGAGGCGCUUGCUUCCUGGAGGAUCGAGGCGGAGAACAUCGCACCCAUUCGACCGCUCGGAGCGGGGGCAUACGGCACGGUCUGGCUCGCGACGUAUUUAGGCGAGACAGUCGUUGUGAAGAAGUUAUCGCCGCCAAUGCCGGCAGCGCUUCCUCGCACAAAGUCGUGGCGGAAGAACAGCCGACACAGCCGGCAAAGUGUCGGCGGGACCGGAGCGACCUCGGGCUCGAAUUCAAGAACCAGAACUAAGUCACGCGGCUCGCCCGGCGAGAGCGCACUACGCAGGUUCGUAGCCGAGAUCCGCUUCCUCGCGACCUUAAGUCACCCUAAAAUCGUGGCGUUCUACGGCGUGGCAUGGUCCACGCCGUCCAAACUGGACUCCGGGUCGUCGAACAACGCGACGGAUCUCCAAAUGGUGCUGGAGUUCAUGAGUGGCGGCGAUCUGCGCCAGUAUCUGGCACGCACACGUAGCGAUAUCCGAGCGCGCGCCUGGGGGUCGAGAAAACUGUCCAUGGCGCUGGAUAUCGCCGAGGCGCUCGCUUAUCUUCACUCAAGGCAACCCAAGCCGAUCCUUCACCGGGAUCUGAAAUCCAGAAAUAUCCUACUGGAUUCGACAUUAUCUGCCAAAGUGGCAGAUUUUGGAGUAAGUCGAUACGGCAUUUCUCACUCAUUGGAAGGCGAGGAAGACGACGACGACGACGAGUUCGCCAUGACGCGCUCGAUCGGCACGAGUCGCUGGAUUGCGCCCGAAGUGUUGUCGGGGGACGCCAGAUAUUCCACUGCGGUGGAUAUUUACUCGUUCGGCGUGAUUUUGUCGGAACUCGACAGCCACGAGCUGCCGUUCUCUGAAGUAACAUUAUCCAACGGACAGCCACUGCCCGAAAGCGCCGUGCUGGAGCUCCUGCGCACUGGAGCCAUCCACCCGUCGCUGUCGGAUCGCUGUCCGCGCGGCGUGGCGAUGCUCAUGAUGGAGUGCUUGACGCUCGAGCCUACGCUGCGUCCUACGGCUUCGAUGGCGGCCGGCAGACUGCGAACUCUGCUGGAGCGCGAGCUUCGUGUCAGCGACAUCGGCGACGAUGUGAGCACAAGCGACCAGAAUUCGUUUCUGGGCACGCGAGACGACCUCGCGAGUAUUUACAGCAGCAGUUCCAGUCUCUCGAUCGAGCGCGGAUUUAACUACGCAGUGCUCGAAGAGCGGUGA